AUCUGUCCAUUGUAAAUUCGUAAAAGAAGGGAAAGAUUGUGAACAAGAUCGUUUUAAUGAUUUUCGCGUGUAAAAAGUAAUAAUUCAUCGUAACGUCUUUAAUUUAUAAUCCUUUACUAAUUGCAAAAUAGAAGUUUAACUAUGGAUAAAAGGAAAUUAUCAACUGCUGGCGAUAGCCUUUAUCAAAUACUGCAGGUACCGAAAACUGCAACCGCCGAUGAUGUCAAAAAAAGUUAUCGUAAAUUAGCGUUGAAAUAUCACCCGGAUAAAAACUCAAAUAGCCCAGAUGCAGCGGAAAAAUUUAAAGAGGUGAAUCGUGCUCACACAAUAUUAAGUGACGCUACAAAGAGAAAUAUCUAUGACAACUAUGGCUCCCUCGGAUUGUACAUAGCCGAGCAAUUUGGAGAAGAAAAUGUCAACGCCUACUUCGUCGUAACUAGUACUUGGUGCAAAGCCCUUUUCGUUAUUUGCGGUGUUUUGACCGGAUGUUACUUCUGCUGCUGUUUCUGCUGCUGUUGUAACUGCUGCUGUAACAAAUGUAAACCACGUCCACCAGAAGAGUCUGGUGAUUACCAUACACUUGAACGCGAUGAAUCAGACGGGAUUCACCCGGUGACGAUGCAACCCGGUGGUGAAGGCCGUCCGACUGCUGAACAGGCGCCACCCAUCGCCAUGCCGGCGCCAGCUCCGGGCGUAUCCGAAAACACGGGUCUCAACACAGGGAGCAGUAUUCCAAAAUACACAUGAAGUAUUUACAGCUAGUCUAACGUUAAUUGUAAGAGAAAUGAGGAACUGACUACUUAUAACCACCAACAUGCCAGCUUCUUACAGUUGUAAGCGUAAAAUAAUUUUAUGUUUACGUUUUUUUUAUAAUUAUUUAUUUAAGUAUUGAUUUAAUAUGUUAUUUAUUACCUACUAGCUUAAAAUCUGUGCCAUCAUUCGCGACUUAGCUAUUUUAUUGCAAAGAUAAAUAGAUAAUUACGCAAUGAGCCGUUUUGAACUUUGCUUUGUACACUUGUUUUUUAUUUCGAAAAUUAAAAUGUUAGUAAGUAUUAAUAAAAAAAAUGUCAAGUAUAAAAAAGCUUAUAUAGCUUACGAAAUUUACAAUAAACUUUGUCGUUUGUAAACUGUUUUAUCCUGCGCUAUUUAGAAUUUUUUUGUAUCAGCCUUUUGCCGUCCACUGCUGGACGAAAGCCUCUCCCAUAGAACGCCAACCAUCCCGAUCUUGGGCAGUCACCUUAUAUAUAUAUAUAUAUAUAUAUAUAUAUAUAUAUAUAUAUAUAUACUUAGAAAUAAGAACUACGAAAUGGACGUUUAAAGAAUAGAAGUUUGGAAUACUGCCACUUUUUAGACUCGGCCUAGUUUCAUUGUCGUGUUUUAUAUUGAUUUCCAUUAAGGUCAAAUAUUUACAAAAGAGAUAUUACUGAAAUAAUACUGUUCAUAUAAUAUUACUACAGUUAUUAUAAUUUAUUAAGUCCACGAAUAAAUAUUUUGUAUAUUGGCACAAUUAAAAAAAUGCUUUAAAUUUUGGAUAUUACCUACGGUUAAGGAAAUACGGUAAUGUGUUUUAUACGUAGCGAUAGUUCUUUUGUAUUUGUUAGUUAAAUAUGAAAUCAAAAGUUGUAUGUUAUCUUGUUUGAUAAUUCGAUAGUUUUUUCUUAAAGAAAUAUAUUUAAAUAAUUGCUAAAUGCAUUGCUCUUUCUUGUAUUACAAUUUAUAAUUAAUGUGGCUAUGUGAUUGUUAUUAUCAAAAAAAAUAAAAAAUAAUUAGAAAUAAAUAAAAAAAAUCGUAUAAACGAACAGUACAUUGAUUAUAGGCUAUAAUAUAAAGCACUUAAGUUAUAAGUGAAUUAUAAAAGGAAUGUCUUAGCAUGGUGAGAUAAUGUCUCGUAAUUGUAGAUGAUAUUUAAAUUGUAUGUAAAUAUGACAUAAACCAUAAAUGUACCUUAUUUACAAGUCAAAGGGAAAGUGAAAUUAACAUAAAACAUGCAAGAUAUAUAAUGUUCCAAAAUAAUUCUAUCUAUAUAAAAUGGACGUUGUACGCCAAUGUCUCAUUUGAGAUGUUAAUACCAUACGCGUCGUAUGUAAGAAUUGGAUGUUUCGUUAAAAACAAGACUUGGUACCGGUUUAUGAUAAUUUAAAUAAUGUUAAAUUCUAAUAAUCGUGUCGCGUGAUGUUGAUGUAGAAUUAAUUUGUAUUUAAUUCUACGGUCUUGAAACUAUUCCCAGGUAAGCUUUCGCUUGUGAUAGUUGUAUUAUAACGUAUUGUAAUGUCUUGAUAUAAAAUAAUAAAUAUACAUACAGUUGAACUCUGA